AUGGUCACGACUCGCUCGGGCAUCGCUGCUAAGCCCAAUGGCAAUAGUACCGGCGCCGACCUUGGAAAUGGAAAUGGAAACGGCCAUGCACAGCUAUCGAGGAAACGUACGAGUGACGGCAACCUCAACGCCAACACGAAGCGCCCACGGCUUGGAGAUAAGACGGACCGCACGCGAUGGCGAAUGCUGGACGAGAGAGGCCGACAUACAUGGCACUACCUAGAAGACGACGAAGCCGUCAAGGAGUGGCCGCAAACCACUGCCGACAGGUGGUAUCUCGGACUGGAUACCGGCCUUCCCACCCUCCCGCAAGUCAAGAACCCCCUCGAUUCGGUCCAUAAUGGUCUCUCGUUCUUCGAGAAGCUCCAACUGCCGUCUGGGCAAUGGGGCUGCGAAUAUGGCGGCCCCAUGUUUCUCCUGCCAGGCGUGGUCCUCGCCUGGUACGCGACCAAGACACCCAUCCCUUGGUAUGUCGCCACCGAGAUCAAGAACUACCUGGUCGCGCGCGCCCAUCCCGAACACGGAGGAUGGGGCUUGCAUAUUGAGGGAGAGAGCACCGUCUUCGGGACAUCGCUGAACUACACCGUGCUUCGAAUAGUGGGAGUUGAUCCUGAGCACCCAGUCAUGGUCAAGGCGCGCCAAAGAUUACACAAGCUGGGAGGUGCUACACAUGCGCCACACUGGGCCAAGUUCUGGCUGAGCAUCAUGGGUGUCUGCAAAUGGGAUAUCGUCAAUCCUAUACCCCCUGAGCUGUGGCUCCUACCAGACUGGGUGCCCAUUGCACCGUGGAGAUGGUGGAUUCACAUGCGCGCCGUUUUCUUGCCAAUGAGCUAUAUAUGGGACAAAAGAUGGGUUUGCGAAGAGACUGACCUGAUCCGUGAACUGCGGGAAGAGCUGUUCGUUGAGCCAUGGGAGGAUAUUGAUUGGGCAGGCCAUCGAAACAGUAUUUGUUCGAUCGACAACUUCCACCCCAAAUCCUGGCUUCUCAACACUGUCAACUGGGCACUGGUCAAUGUCUGGAAUCCAUACUUGCGAACCAAGGGUCUUUCGCAGAGGGCCAGCGACUGGGUCAGCAAGCUGACUGAUAUGGAGGACGAGAAUACCGACUACGCAGACCUGGCUCCCGUCAGCGGUGCCAUGAACACCGUGCUCUGUUACAUUCGCGAUGGGCCGGGCGCGUACUCGGUGCGAAGACAUAUUGAGAGGCUCGAGGAUGGUAUGUGGGUCAACCAUGAGGGCAUGUUCAGCAAUGGUACCAACGGAGUGCAAUGUUGGGAUACAGCAUUCUUGAUCCAAGUCGCGACGGACUCUGGACUGGAACAAGACCCUCGCUGGAGGCCAAUGCUGACAAAGGCACUGGAGUUCCUCGAUGACCAACAGAUUCGCGAAAACUGCAAGGGCCAAGACGUCUGCUAUCGUCAACAACGCAAGGGUGCCUGGGCGUUCAGCAACAAAGACCAGGGCUAUGCUGUGUGUGACUGCAUCUCGGAGGCGUUGAAAUCAGUUAUUAUGCUGCAGAAGACGCCCGGAUACCCCCAACUUCUAGAGGACCAGCGCAUCUUCGAUGCCGUUGACACUCUUCUGACCUACCAGAACAAGUCAGGCGCUUGUUCCUCAUACGAGCCCACACGUGGAAGUGAGUCGCUGGAGAUGCUCAAUGCGGCUGAAGUGUUUGGGAAGAUCAUGGUCGAAUAUGAUUAUGUCGAGUGCACAACAGCUGUCAUUACCGCCCUCUCCCUCUUCAAGAAACACUGGCCCGAAUAUAGGGCCGAUGAGAUCGACGCCUUCGUUGGGCGAUCCUUACGAUGGAUCAAGUCGUGUCAACGUCCAGAUGGUGCGUGGUACGGCAAUUGGGCCAUCUGUUUUACGUAUGCCACAAUGUUUGCGUUGGAGAGCCUGAGAAGCAUCGGUGAGACGUAUAGCAACAGCUCACAUGCGAAAAAGGCUUGCGACUUUCUGAUUUCCAAGCAGAGAGAAGAUGGAGGAUGGUCCGAAAGCUACCGUUCUUGCGAGCAAAUGGCCUAUACGGAGCAUCCACAUGGUUCUCAGGUUGUCAUGACGGCUUGGGCCCUGAUCGGCUUGAUGAAAGCCGACUACCCAGACAUUGAGGCCUUGAAGAAAGGUAUCAAACUCAUCAUGGAUCGGCAACAGCCAAAUGGUGAAUGGAAACAAGAAGCCAUUGAAGGCGUGUUCAACAAGAGCUGCAUGAUCUCGUACCCCAACUACAAGUUCACAUUCACGAUGAAAGCUCUGGGAAUGUUUGCAAAGAAGUACCCCAACGAGCCAGUAGUAUAA